GGGGAACAUACUCUAUGAGUAUCGCCGAUGUAUUUGAGUUUGCAUUUUGGUGCACCGAGUGCCCUGAGUUGGCAACGUUGAUCUGGACCGGUAACCACCAUCGCACAUUCCGCUUGUUCUACAUAAUGUUGAGAAACUCUACUAGCAUUAUGAAAGCAAAAGGUGUUGGCACUCUUCGAGACUAGAUUUGAUUUAUUCUGGAAGCUGGUUGUACAACAAUACGCGUUUUGCUUUGGUAUUAUAUGGAGGCCACGUUCUGGACGCAACAGAUGCGUGCGACCACGUAUAUGCUUUCUUCGGAAGCCGAUAUGCUAGAAACGAGGAGGGAAAGCUAUUCCCGUAUAGCGCAAGUUUUGCUGCAAGAUCUGAGAGAAGGAUACUGGUUGCUCACCUGCGUUGAACAUGGAACUCGGGAAGACGUCUUCCAUCCUGGCGGCAACCCAUCUUGGGUCCCAGAUUGGAGCAUGAAGAAGGCCAAGGAGAUGAAGGCAGAUCCAUAUUGCCGCUACGAGGCUGGAGGACCGAUUGGCACGUUUGAAGCAGUGCCCCCUGAGUAUGGAUGUAUGGCGAUAACUGGUUUUGUUUUUGAUACAGUAAUUCUCAUAAGCCUUCCUCUGGAUGAUCUCACUAGUCUAAAUUCGACAACACCAGAUGGGUGUGAUUCGAUUAUCGAGCCUUUUGUGGAUUGCUUGUGGAGAGAAUUUGCAUCACAAGCAAAGCUCCAAGGGGUUGAUGUUAAUCACGGUGCUUUUCUCCAGACUUUGUUCAAGGGACAACUUGAGUCGAGCUAUGAAGGUUACGACGGAUUAGGGGAUUACGAAGCCUUUCACAAGGUCCUUCUUGGAGAGCCCAAGGAGCGCCAGAAUCCAGUACAGAAACACUCACCGGUCGUCAGAACAUGAUCGCAGGCUGGGCUUCCGCCAUGCUCAGGAGAAGCCGGGGCAAAAGCUUGAUCCUGACAGAGUACGGAAGGGUGGCACUUGCACAAGGCGAGCCUAUUAGAGUUGGCGAUGUUUGCUGUAUCUUUCUUGGGGCUAUGUUUCCCUCCAUUUUAGCACCUGUAGACAGUGAGCGGCACAGACUCGUGACCGAAUGCUAUAUCCAUGGUGUUAUGG